AUGGCUCUUAUCCCCAGACCUUAUGAGCUGGGGUUGACUUGGACAGUGGAGUUUGUGCUGAAACAUACCCACAAGUUUUCGUCAGCACUCAUUGACAGGGGAGUUAUCAGCUUCUGCAUAGGAUCACAUAUGUUGAAAGACUCAACAAUGGAUCUCGUUACCUCAGUUCCAUCAACUCAAGCUACUUCCUUCUUAGGAAAGGUAGUAGAGAUCUGCAUUGUCACAUCAGACUGCAAAAAGACAAUAUCUGAACUCACGAAACUCGGCAUCGGCCCGUUCCGAAUCUUUGAUUUCAGCGCAAACACCGUGUCUGAUCGUUAUUUCCGCGGCCAACCUGUAGAGUUUGAGCUACUUGUCGCCUUUGCAGAUACAGGCGACAUGGUAUGGGAGAUCAUGCAGCCUGUUUCUGGGCCAUCACUCAUGCAAGAGUUCCUCGAUAGAGGCGGACAAGGGAUUCAUCAUGUGGCUUUUGAUUGCAAUCAUGUCCCACAGCAGCAACGCAAGGAAGAGUUCAAAAGACGCGGUUUCGAGAUUGCACAGUCGGGCAUAUGGCAUGGGAAGAAGGGGACUUUCUCCAAAUCCGAGAUCCGUCUCGUCACAUUCAAGACAAGCGGAUCAGAUGGACAACAGCUUGAAGCCAGCAUCAAGAACGUGGAGCUCGAUCCAGAUCAUCCUAUCACAUACACAGCUUUGUCCUAUUGCUGGGGAAUUGCGGUUGAGCGAAUCGAGGUCCCUUGCGAUGGGGAGAUGCUCAGCAUUACAAGCUCCCUCCACGAGGCGCUGGUUGAGAUUACUAAAUCGCGUCAGAACGAGGCUUUGUGGAUCGACCAGAUAUGCAUUAACCAGGAGGAUAUGGAUGAAAAGUCAGAGCAGGUUUCGAAGAUGAACUUGAUUUACGACAAAGCAGAAACAGUUCUCGCUUGGCUAGGCCCAGCAGUGCACAACACAGAACUGGCCAUCGACUUUGUCAAAAAGGUUGGUGAUGUGGCACUCCCCACAGCAACAGACCUGUUCCGCUGGGACAGCUACGACGAGGCUCACGAAGAGACCAAGCUUGAGCGCGCUGAGGAAUUGACCAAUGAACAAUCCGGAGAAUUGGGUCUUCCUUUCGAUGACGAUGACUCGUGGACUGCUUUCGUCGACUUCUUCGACAGACCUUGGUAUCAACGCAUGUGGACAGUCCAAGAGAUCAUUCAAGCCCGCAAGGCAAUCGUGCAAUGUGGCCCAUACAGUCUUCCAUGGGAGCAUGUCAGUGCUGCUGCAAGAUGGUACAUCUACAAGGCCGGGGCUAUUCGUCAGGAUUACCCACGAGAAGUCGACGGGGCACGUCUGGUGACGCAAAUGACCACCAUUGCGUGGCGUAUGAAGACAGGCAGCGAGUACAACCGCGAGCUUUUCAAUCAAGAGGCACGCCCGACGUGUCGAUGGGGCAUGCGCGAUCUUCUAGAAAACCUACGGCCUCGUCUUGCGACGGAUCCUCGAGACAAGGUAUUUGCACUGUUGGGCAUCAGCGACAUCGAUCGUGAGCUCUGGGACGACAGGGGCAUGACGGUCGAUUACUCAAAGUCUGUCGUAGAUGUCUUUACACAAGCGACCGACGAAAUCAUCAAGUUAGACACUUCAGACCUUAACGUUAUUUGGUCUGCGCGACAACGAAACGAUGAGGCUGAAUGGCCGAGUUGGGUUCCUGACUGGAGACUAGAGACCGGAACGGGAUGCGCAUGGGGCAUCGGUGCACCUUUAAAAACGGAGGGCAAGCCGAAUGGGGAACACGAUUAUAUCCCUACGACGGAACCUCGCUCGUUGGCAGUAAAGGGUAAAGUCAUCGGUCGAGUGACAUACAAGAACGAGUAUCGACAUUUCGGUGAAGUCUUCAGAGACAGCCGCCUUUGGGAAGUCUACAACGCCUGCAUGGAACGGUUAUCCGUUUAUCCCACCGGCGAAGACGUUGAGACUGCCUUUGGACUGACUUUGAUCGGCGGCCUCCCAUUCCCUGCAACUCUACAGAAGAAAGAGACAUCAGUCGAAACAUACGCGGCAAUGUACAUGCAGUUCUACGAUAAUACGCAAAUGCCAAUGGGAACUGCCGAAGAAAAGGCAAAGCGAGAUGAGGCGCUUGCAGAAACGUAUAAAGUUGGGCUAGACAUGUCGUGGUUGCAGGGAGUCCUGGCUGCGUAUUGCGAGCGACGAUUUAUUGUGACCGACAGUGGACACAUGGGGCUGGCGCAUCACGAAGUCUUGGAAGGGGACAUUAUCGCUGUGGUGAUGGGUCUUGAAUGGCCGUGCGUUUUGCGACCGAAAAGCAAUGGCGAAAAGCACGAUGGAGGGUACGAGUUUAUCGGGGACGCGUACUGUCACGGUGUGAUGAAUGGAGAGGCCAUGGAGGGGAUCGUCAGUGGAAGCGACGAGGGAGAGAUCUUCACUCUGAGGUAG